CUGCUUGAGUGGACAGCGGCCACACAGGCCAAGCCACCCAGGAGCAUCAUUGUGUCAGGUCCAGUUGGAGGUUUUGUGAUGUCCAUCGCUGACAUGGAGCUGCUCUCUACACAUGGACACUUGCCACGGGGUCAACUGGCCCAGGAGAAGCACCAGAUGCUAGACCUGAACCGACGCCUGGAGAGCUACCUGGGCCGGGUCAAAUUCCUGGAGGAAGAGAACAUGCUGCUCACCCAAGAGAUCCAAGCCCUGCAGCGCAGCAAUCACAGCACCUCAGUUAGGAAGAAGAGCAUGCAGGAAGAACUCCGUCAGACCAGAGCAGAGCUGGACGCAGCCUGGAGGGACCGAGUCUGCACGGAGAUGGAGGUCAACAAGCUGAGUGAGGAGCUGAAGGCUCUGGACCGGCACUGGCAGAGGGAAGCGCAGGCCCAAGCGGAGGCCAAGACCAAGCUGGAACUGAGUAGGAAGGAGCUGGAGGAGGAGCACCGGGCUCAAAUGUGGCUCAGGCAGAAGAUCAGCCAGCUGGAGGAUGAAAUGAGCCUCCUGGUUCAGACCCAUCAGCAGGAUGUGGCCCGCUUGGAAGGAACACUGAAACAUUCCAGAGCGUCAGUACCACCACACUUUGCCCAGAGGGGAAACCCGACUUCUGACCUCCAUCAGCUGGAGCAGGAGCUCUGCCAUAGGGCCUCCAGAGCCUGGCAGGAGAUGGCAGAAACCUAUGAGGCUCAGUUAGUUGAGCUGGAGGAGUCCCUGAACCAGAACAGGGCACGCUUGAGCCAAGCGGACAGAGAGAAGAGCGAGAACCAGGCGAAGCUGCGAGCACUGGAGAGGGACAUGGUCUCUGCUCGAGAUGUUAGGAUGCAUCUGGAGAGGAGUGCUGACCAGCAAAGGGAGGAACACAGGCAGAACAUCCACAAACUUCAGGAGCACUGGGAGAUCUUGGAGAAGGAGAAGGAAGAUCUAGGCCAGCAACUUGAUCUUCUGGUCCUGGAGAACCGAGGCCUGCUGCAACAGAAGAUGUCUCUCAGCAUUGAGGUUGCCACCUACAGUGCUUUGCUGGAUGGCGAGGGCCUUCGAAGAGACAUCACUCUGCAGAAACAGCCCAGAAAUAUUUCAUUUAAAGACACAUCUUUGAAGGCUUUUCCAGAGAAUUAUCGCCGUCACACCACUCCCAUCUCGUCUCCUCUCCACCGACCGCCAGCCGCAUUUAAUGCUACCAGGCUCUUGAGGUACAAGCCCGAAACCAACAGAGAACCUCAGAAGGAACCAGGAAAGCCUGACAAGGAGGAUAAAACUACAACGGCAAAGCAAGAAAUCCCGUAUCCCAAAAUACUACAGAAUGGAGCAGUGGAAGAGUUCAGAGCGCAGGAAGUGGAUGAGAAAGUGACCUACGCUGAGCCUCUUUCUCCUUCAGGAGAAGAGGAUAAGCUUCCUGAUGGAGACGUGUGUGAAGAUGUUGUUUCUGUGGAGGAAAAAGCAGCUGUCAGCCUUAAUCACCAGUCUUCAUUGCCACCGGUCUCUAAUGAAAUCAUUCAGCAACAAACCAGCAGCCAGGAACAGACAUCAGACCUUCUGGGAUUGACAGAGGAGACUUUCAGUUCCUCAGCAGAAUGUGGUCAAAAAGAGACAACUGGUGUUCCGACUGAGGCGUUGGCGGAGGAAGUGUGUGCGAAAUAUCAGGAGGAAACGUCAAGUUCAGAAACAGAGGCCUUACUGGAAGCCACUCCAGAAUCCAGGACAAGUAGCCCAUCUUCCCAGUGUGAUGAUGCAGAGGAGAUAAACAUCUCCAAGAAGCACACUGAUGAGAUGAGGCAGGAAAUAAGCUACUCCACCUCGGCAACAAAUGAAAUAGAAGCAGUGGACAUGUUGUAUACCGAUGGAGAAGAGAUGGACACGUGGGACAGUGUGAUGGAAAAGAAGAUCUAUGUUGAGCCAAAUGAUCCAAAACCAGAGGCAGAAUAUGCAGAACCGGAGGAGAGCAUCUCAGCAAGAAGGUCUGAGCCAUGCAGAGAAGAAAUGAAGGAGCAAGAAGACCACAUUUCCAACCACCAUGGAGAGCACUCUCAGUGUUCCAACAACCAUGAUGAUGAGGAUGAAGACUCACAAAACGUCUCGGUGUCCUGGAGGACCGAGUUAGAGAGUGACAGCUACGCUCUGGACAACACUCUGGCCGACACGCGUCCUCUAAUCCGAUACAAGAGUGAUGAGACAGACGCCAACACUCAGGCAUCACACGUAGAAGAGAGCGAGUCCAGUGAUGGCGAGCAGGACCAGAAGACCGGAGACCCCGUUGCCUGGAGUGAGAGCAAGGCUAAGAACUUUGGAACUAUGGAGGAUCUUUGUGAGGAAGUGGAAGAGGAAGCAGUGGAGUGUGAGCAGGAAUAUGCCAGGCUGGACAACGCCACCUCAGAGGCCAGUGAGGUCAUCUUGGAUGAAGACGUUAGGAGCACACCUGUGGUCCCCGAAAAUGUUCUCUAUGAUGAGGAGAUCGAUACGGACAGACUUGUGGAGCUGGAAUUGGAAAACCUCUCCACAGAUAGAUAUGCUUCCCACUUUGCUCAACACCUGGACAACUACAACCAGGUGGAGCUACCUGAGGAUGAUGAGAAUGAAAUGAUGAUGAUGGAACAACAUGUCGACCAAGUGAACACCUGCAUGGAAUCUAAUGGGCAAGCAGAAAACAAUGUGGACCUCAAGGACUUCACAAAGUUCCUGGAGGAGGAGAAGAACGAGGAGGACGAGGAGGAAGAGGAGGAAGAGGAAGAUGACCAGGAUGCUUCAGAGGAUCCGGGAAGAAUGGAGGAAGACUUUCACUUUAAUGUUUCCAUGGAAACACAUGUGGAUGAAAUACAAGAUCCCAUCGCCUUUAGUGAGUUCCUCAACAGGACUGACAUAGAAGAAGAAGAUGUAGAAGAAGAAGAAAUAGAAGAAGUAGAAGAAGAAAAAGUAGAAGAAAUAGAAGAAGUAGUAGAAGUAGUAGAAGAAGUAGAAGACGUAGAAGAAGUAGAAAAAACAGAAGAAGUAGAAGUAGUAGAAGUAGUAGAAGACGUAGAAGAAGUAGAAGAAACAGAAGAAGUAGAAGUAGUAGAAGUAGUAGAAGAAGUAGAAGAAGUAGAAGAAACAGAAGAAGUAGAAGUAGUAGAAGUAGUAGAAGAAGUAGAAGAAGUAGAAGAAACAGAAGAAGUAGAAGUAGUAGAAGUAGUAGAAGAAGUAGAAGAGGGCAGAGAGGAGCCAGAGUCUGUCCUGGAAAAACUGCAAGAUCUCAUCUCUGCCGACGUACAAGCUACUUCAUGUUUGUCUGCAGAGAGCCUCGUAGAAGACACUGCAGACUGUCUGGCAGCUGAUUGGACAGUCUUGGAGAACCCCAGGGAGGACUUAGACAUCCCAGCUCCGAAGGAUGAAGAAGCACCAUGUGAGGAAUCUGUCCAGAGUCGUCCAUGUGAGCAAGGAGGCGACAACGAGGGUGCUGCCAUAUAUGAAAAGGAACCUGUAGAGAUCUCUCCUGAAACAACACUCGAGGAGAACGUCAUCUUCACCGUGGAAGACUCAGCAGAAUUCCUCAAAACCAACGGCAAAGACAAGCACGACUUCUGGGCGUCGUCCGUGGAGGACGCCGCCACUUUCCGAGCAGAUGACAACACGACUGAGGAUGACAAUAUCAUGACCUUCGAUGGCAGGCUGGAUUGGGGGAAGGCGGUCAACGGGAGCUCCGCCCAUGGACACGCUCCUCAGAAAGAGGGGGGAUUGGUCCAUUCUGAGGAGUCGGAAGCUGAGGGUGGAUUCUGGUCUUCUGGGGAUGAGUAGUCUGAAGCAAAAGAAUACAGCUGCUUUUAAAACACGUUUUAGAGGUCAUAGCGCCCCCUUGUGUUCUUGUUAGCCUGACUAUUUAGUUUGGUUUUUUUAGGGCAAAAAUGUUGCUUUUUAAAAAACACGUCUGUGGAAAUUCUCAGUCAUCAAAUCAUGGUAAUCCGAAAAAGUUGAAUUUUCCUAUUUGUUCUCUCGAAGACAGAGCAACCCUGAACAUUCUCCCUUCCUUCAUUUUCUACCACUUUUCCUCACGAGGGUGCUGGAGCCUAUCCCAGCUGUCUUUGGGCGAGAGGCGGGGUACACCCUGGACCGGUGGCCAGCCAAUCACAGGGCACAUAUAGACAAACAACCAUUCACACUCACAUUCAUACCUAUGGACAAUUUGGAGUCACCAAUUAACCUAGCAUGUUUUUGGAAUGUGGGAGGAAACCGGAGUACCCGGAGAAAACCCACGCAUGCACGGGGAGAACAUGCAAACUCCACACAGAGAUGGCCGAGGGUGGAAUUGAACCCUCGUCUCCUAGCUGUGAGGUCUGCGCGCUAACCACUCGACCGCCGUGCCGCCCCCCUUAUUUGUGCCAUCAUCUAUCAUCUCGCAUCUCUCCCCCAAAGAUUGUCUCACUUGCCUGGAACAGUGACCACCGAUGAGUUGUUUGGCCACCAGGCAGGCAAAUCCAGGACGAUCGUUCACCAACCACGCCUGGCAACAACCACAAACACCCCACUGUGACCCCCAGGGACAUACAUUUGAAAACGUCCAGUUGCCCCAAUUCAACCUUUUUAAGACGUGUGGACAAAUAUCUAGUAAAGUUGACGUUAAAGCUCGCCUAAAUAAGUCCAAGUUGUGCCUUGGAGCGCACCCUAGUGGUGCAAAGCACCAACGUGCCAAUAUCUUGACAUAAGAGAUAUUACCACCUCUAGCCAACCUUGUACGUUUUUGCUUCCAUGCUUAUUGUCUUUCAGUGUUCUAGAAGGUCUGAUGUUGAAGACUGAUGUCUUGGAAGCUGUUAUUGAUCUCUGGCUAAUCAGAUUUCAACUCCUGUUGAGGUGAUCAAUACAGGCUGAGGAGGAGCAGCUGUUUAUUGAUCCUAUUCAUGAUUCUAUUUCAUUUGUGUGUGCUGUUUUAAUGUAAAUCUUUUUUUUUUUUGCUUGAUUGGACUGUUUAUUCUGCAGUACAUUUAACACUCCAAUAAACUUUACAACUAUACUCACGACUUACUUUACAU